AUGGAUGAGUAUAUAUUAUUAAUAUUUUUCAUAGGAUGUUUAACAAUAUCAGCUGUGACAGGAUUUAAAUUAUUAAUAGUGUGUGGAGACAAAAAUAAUAGUAAAAAUUUUGUAUAUAAAAUUAUAAACUUUAUUAUUAUUAUUGGAUAUAUGAUAUGUUGGAUAUUAGUAUUAUUAUUUCCAAUUGAUAUUUAUUUUAAUUUAUCUACUAGGGUUAAGAAAUAUUUAAAUAUAUUUACCUUAUACAGAAUAUUAUAUUUGAUAUGCUUAUCAUAUAUUUUUAUAUUAACACCUAUAUUAACUAUAAUAUAUUUAGAGGUUGAGAAAAUUAAAAUAUCUGAACAGAAUGAUAUAAUUAAUAUUGAAAAUGACGAACUAUUUAAAAAAAAAAUGACAACAAAUUCAAAACCUAUAAUAAAAAAAUGGUGUAAAAUAUUUUUUAAAAAAAUUGUACCAAUUACUUUUUUUUUUAUUUGUCUAGCUAUUUUUUUAUUUUUCUUAACAUAUUUACUAGUUAAAAAGGUUGGAAUAAAAUUAAAUGCAAAUGAUUGUAAACUGUGGUACCUAUAUAUAUUAGACACAAAUAAAAAGGACUUUUUAAAAUAUAACAUAAAAAAAAUAGAAGAAUGUCAAAACAUACCACCAGAUAUUAAUAUUAAAAUGGAUGUAAAUUUAAAUUUUAUUGAUCAUAUAAUUAUAACUACAUUUUUAUUUGGCUUUGUUCUUUUCUCUUUUUAUGUUGGAAUUGGAAUGUUUACAUUCCCUUUUAAUUUAAUAUACUCAUGUAUAAAUAAAAAAAGAAAAAUAAAAGACACCCAACUAAGAAAAGAAUUAACAAUAAUAAAUAUAAAAGCCAAAAAAUUAAUACAAGUUACAGAAAUGCUUGAAAAUAAUAAAAUACAAAUAAAAAAAAUGAAUAUUUAUAAAUCUUUUUACUAUAAUAUAAAAUAUAUAAGACAGAAAAAAAUACUUAAUUAUAUUGUACACAAACUUGAAAAAGAUUAUCAAAAUUUAUUAAAUUCACAUAAUAAUCCUAUAAAUAAAAUAUAUGCUUUUGCAUAUCUUUUUUUUGGUCUUAUCUUUAUAUUAUUAACCAUAUCUAUAAUUAUACAUUUAAUUUUUUAUAAUAUUUUUAAUUACAUAAUUAAAUAUAACUCUCCUUUGUCUAUAUAUGUUUUUUGGGACUCCUUGCUCCAGUACCUAGUUAUCAAUGAUUAUGUUGUUUGCUCGAUAAGUCUAUACACAUUACUUAUGUCAUACUUACUUCUUAAGCUUGGGUUCGCUUUCAUGCUUGAAAAAGAACAUGCAUACAUAAACUCCUUACUUUUCCAUGUAUGUCUUUUUAUGGUGCUUUCAAGUGGGGCACUCGUAUUUUCAGCAAAGCUGUUUUGUGGGUAUUUUACUCAUACCUACGCGCUAAUAUUGUUUGAUUUGUAUUUAAAAAAUUUUGGAUUUAUCGGUGAAUUAUACAAACGGGAAACCCUGACAUACUUGACCUUAACAAUGAACUUAUUAACCGUUGCUUUAUAUUUGAUACCAAAAAAAUGGAAUUUUUUAACAACUUCAAAUUUUUUUAAACCAUGGGAUUUGAAUCAAAUACAAUAUGAAGAAGAAGAUUUAGAAAAUAACCAUAUUCGACAAUCAUAA